AUGGUGGUGCUCUUUUAUGUUAUUAUAAAGAAAGAAAGGGCCAAUAAUGAAGUACAAAUAUUUUUUGAGGGGUGUCUUCAGCUCCUUUUGAGGAAUGCCUGGGAAAGAAAGACUCAUUAUCCCCGUCAGCUUACGAGAGCUCUAUUUUUUGGGAAUACGCCCCCUGAUCAGGUUCAAGACAAAGGGGUCUGGUUUACAUCUUAUAUAGACGUCCCUAAAUAUCGGAGGUCUGUACUUACUUCAGGCAUGUUUCCCUCUGGUAAAACAUACGAUGAAACAUCUGAGCAGGAUCAUGAAACUGUAACUACAGAAUUGGUUGAGAAUGGUAAGGAGGCGAGUACUGGAAAUGGGCUCCAGUUGAUUGAUUAUCCUAUAGUUCCAACUCAAAGUUCGGAGGCAGAAGUCUCGGCUCUACCUUUGGAACGUUGUAUGAGGAUAGUGCCUCAUGACCAAAAUACUGGGCUUUCUUGGUCACUUCGUAAACCAAGAUGCAUGUGCAGCCUUAGCAUUAUGUAG